AUGGCGGCAACAAACAACAACGAAACUGAUCUAGGGUUUGAGAUCUCAUCUCUCGACUCUCACUCUCUCAGACUCUCACUCUCUCAGAGUCUCAGUUCUCUCAAGUCUCAUCUCCGAUUCUGUAAAUCUGCUUCUCAGAAUCUCAGCGUUGCAAUCUCUAAUCUCUUACUCUCUGUCUCAGAGAGUCUGAGUGGUGGAAGCCGUGGUGAACUGAUGGAAAGUGCCACUCAAAUGACUCAAUCUGGACUUCCACCCUCAACUAAGGAGGGGCUUGGAGGAGUAACCCAAGGCACUGAGACAAAUGCUCCUCAGCAGCCUGAGGUUAAUCCUGUUGUUCCUGCAAAAAAGAGGAAGAAUGUGGAGUCUAGAUCUAAAGUCUGGGAACAUUUUGAAAAGAUCUUUGAUUCUGAAAACAAAGUAAUAAAGCUGAAAUGUCUAUACUGUGCUAAAGUCUAUCAAUGUGAGAGUAAAAAGCAUGGCACUACCUCUUUAAGAAAUCAUAUGUUUGCCUGUCUAAAAAAUUCACAUUCUAAGGAGACUAGGCAGUCACUGCUUACUUUCACUGCUGUGACAACAUUUGAUACACAGGGGGGUUCUGAAGGGGUUGUUGGGGAGUUAGGGACUUGGGUUUUCAAUCAGGAAGCCAUUAGGAGGGCAUUAUGUGAGAUGAUAAUUAUUAAUGAUGAGCUUCCAUUUAGGUUUGUGGAGGGGCAAGGGUUUAAAAGGUUUAUUUUGGUUGCUUGCCCUAGAUUUUGUAUACUUUCUAGGUGGACAAUUUCAAGGGACAUUUACCAAAUUUACCUUGAUGAGAGAUUAAACCUUAAGAAACUGUUUAAGCUUAACACUCAAAGGGUUAGUUUGACUACAGAUACCUGGACCUUUGUGCAGAGGAUCAAUUAUAUGUGCAUUACAGCCCAUUUCAUUGAUGAUCAGUGGAAGCUGAAUAAGAAAAUCAUAUCCUUUGUCCCUAUUUCUUCUCACAAGGAUGAGCAUAUAGCUAAGGCAUUAGACAGUUGUUUGAUUGACUGGGGGAUUAGGGAUGUUUUUUCUGUCACUGUAGAUAAUGCUUCUUCCAAUGAUACUGCUAUGGAUAGUUCUGUUAAGAAGGUGAGGGAUUCUGUUAGAUGGAUGAGGAACUCACCUGCAAGACUCAAAAAAUUCAGAGAUCUUGCAGAACUACUUGGGGUGGAAGCUAAAAGUUUUUUACAACUAGAUGUUCUAACAAGAUGGAAUAACACCUACAUGAUGCUUAGCACUGCCAUACAAUACAAGGUUGUGUUUGAUGCAUAUUCAUUGAAUGAGCCCUCAUUUGCUGCUGAUCUGGGGUUUUAUGAGAUAACAAUUAGAAUCUAUGGUUCUCUAUAUGUCACCUCUAACAGUUUCUUCAGUGAGAUAUCUGAUUUGAGUUGCAUGUUGAGUAGCAUGAUUGUUGCUGGUAGUGCUACAGAGUUUGAGGAACUGUAUGGUAAAGAUAAUGGGAAGACGUGUUUAGAGAAUGUCCAAGCUGCCAUGGUAGAAUUGUUUGGUGACUAUGCAGCAACCUACUCUGUCAAUGUGCAACAAUCAUCUUCUGAUUCAUCUUCUGGUAGCCAACCAGAUGUGCCUCUUGUCCAGUCUCAUACCACAAUUGGUAGACCUCAAAAUAUGUUAAAGAACAAACUAAAAAGGUGGUGGAAGCUAAAUAGUGAGAGGUUUCCUACUCUCUCCAAAAUGACAAGGGAUAUCCUAGCAGUUCCUAUUUCCACUGUUGCCUCAGAAAGUACAUUUAGUACUAGUGGGAGGGUAUUAGAUGCAUUUAGGAGUUCUUUAACUCCUAAAAUUGUGGAGGCCUUAGUAUGUGCACAAGACUGGAUGAGGUUAUCAAAUCAACCAGUUAAGGUUGAGGAAAAUAUUGAUGAUGUUGAAAAGAUUGAACAAGGCUUGGCUACUGGAAUAAGUCGAUUUGGAAUCACAGGAUCUGGGGUUGCUGUCUUUACUGAUUUGGCUAUGAUGAUGCUUCCACCAUUGUCUGAAAUGGUUUUGGGUUGGAAGAUCAUGAAAGAUGAAGGCUGA